UGUUGCAGUGUACUAGCAAUGGCACUCAUUUCCCAGACAAGUUCAUCAUACUACUGCAGAAGCAUUGGCUUCUCUUCCUCUGCAUUUUAUUCUACUACUACUACUACUAGGAAGAUACAGGUUUUGCAUGUAGAAAAUGUUGCAGGACAGAAACGAGGACGUAAAAGUGCGAUAGUUGCUGCAAGUCCUUUCACAGAAGAUGCUGUAGUAGCUACAAAGCCGCUGAUGAAAGAAGAUCUUGUAGGCUAUCUUGCCUCUGGAUGCAAGCCCAAAGAAAAAUGGAGAAUUGGCAUGGAACACGAGCGGUUUGGCUUCGAACUAAAUACUUUACGUCCGCUGCAAUAUGAACAAAUAGCUGAGCUGCUCUAUGGGAUUGCUGGGAGAUUUGAGUGGGAGAAAAUCAUGGAAGGUGGUAAGAUUAUUGGACUCAAACAGGGUAAGCAGAGCAUAUCACUAGAGCCAGGAGGUCAAUUUGAGCUUAGUGGUGCACCUCUUGAAACUCUGCAACAAAUUUGUAUUGAAGUCAAUUCACAACUCUGUCAGAUCAAAGCAGUUGCAGAGAAAAUGGGAAUCGGAUUUCUUGAAAUUGGUGGUCAGCCGAAAUGGAGAAUUCAAGACAUACCUAUGAUGCCCAAGGGAAGAUUUGAGAUUAUUAGAAAUUACAUGCCAAAAGUUGGCUCGCUUGGACAUGAUUUGAUGUUAAGAACUUGCACUGUACAGGUCAAUCUGGACUUCAGUUCUGAAGCAGACAUGAAACGGAAAUUGCGUGCUAGUCUUGCUUUGCAGCCUAUAGCAACAGCCCUAUUUGCAAAUUCACCUUUCACUGAAGGAAAACCGAAUGGUUUUCUAAGCAGGAGAAGUCACAUCUACACUGAUACCGACAAGGAUCGCACUGGCAUGCUUCCUUUUGCUUUUGAUGACUCCUUUGGGUUUGAGCGGUAUGUUGAUUAUGCUCUUGAUGUUCCCAUGUACUGUGUUUAUCGGAAAAAUAAGUGUAUCGACUGUACUGGAAUGACCUUUCGGGACUUUAUCGCAGGAAAGCUUCGUUGCCUUCCAGGUGAAUUACCAACACUGAAUGAUUGGGAGAAUCAUUUGGGAACUAUUUAUCCAGAGGUCAGGCUGAAGAGAUACUUGGAGAUGAGGGGUGCUGAUGGAGGGCCUUGGAGAAGCUUAUGCGCUUUGCCUGCAUUUUGGGUGGGUCUACUAUAUGAUGAAGUUUCCCUGCAGAAUGUGUUAGACAUGAUUGCUGAUUGGACUCCUGAAGAAAGACAGAUGCUGAGAGAUAAGAUUCCAAAAACGGGUCUAAAGACACCAUUUCGUGAAGGAAUACUCAAGCAUGUUGCCGAAGAUGUAAUAAAGUUUGCAAAGGAUGGCCUGGAAAGAAGAGGCUUUAAGGAAUCAGGGUUUUUAAAUGAGGUGGUGGAGGUUGUGAGAACUGGUGUAACACCAGCAGAGAAGCUAUUGGAAUUAUAUAAUGGGAAAUGGAAACAACAGAUAGACCCAGUUUUUGAAGAGCUACUAUACUGAACUGAAGUCGGGCACUUCAGCAGGGUCACUGUUGUGUGUGAACAUCGCAAAAUUUCUGGUGUAAUCUAUAUGUAGCUGCUGUCGGUUUGUUUGUGAUAUAUUCAGGCAUUGGAUUUUAGGCAAAUGAUCUUUCAGUUUUCAGUACCCAGGUUAUGUAAGGAAAGGUUAAAAUAAGUUCAAGCUUCUUGGUUGAAUUGAUUUGUUCAGCCUAAUGGUAUG